CGUUGGAUGAGCUCGGCGCUCGGCUGCUCACGCCUGCCUCAUUUUCAAGUUUUCAGGGUAUGGUAACAAAGAGUGGCUGUAGUAGUGAGCUGAGAAUAGUGAGCCAGUCGUGUGCUGUGUGCAGGGCUUGAUGACCAGCUAACAGCGCUCUUCAAGUGCUUGUAGAAAUCACCAAAGAGACCUUUCUUCAGAUCCAUUAAUCGUGAAUGCUGAGCUCCAAAUGAUUAUAAGCACUCCCCAGAGACUGAGCGCGGGAGCAGAUCUUCUCCUAGGGAGACAGUUCACCGCGGCCACCUCAGCCAUGGUCACUCAGAGUCACAUCACAGAUGCCACCAGCUGGAUUCCUGGGGAUCGAAAACGUACUCGAGAGUUUAUAGAGUCGGACUUCUCAGAGAGUAAGAGAAGCAAGAGGGGGGAGAAAAGUGGGAAGGGUCUGCGACAUUUCUCGAUGAAGGUUUGUGAGAAGGUCCAGACCAAAGGCACCACGUCCUACAAUGAAGUGGCAGAUGAACUGGUGGCAGAGUUUACCAGCUCUGCCGGACAGCUGGCCUCUGACUCUGCCUAUGACCAGAAGAACAUUAGGCGGCGAGUUUAUGAUGCCCUCAAUGUCCUAAUGGCCAUGAAUAUUAUAUCAAAGGAGAAGAAGGAAAUAAAAUGGAUUGGUUUGCCAUCCAACUCUGUGCAGGAGUGUGAGAAUUUAGAGAUGGAGAAGCAGAGGAGGAUAGAGCGCAUCAAACAGAAGAGUGCUCAGCUACAGGAACUGCUGCUACAGCAAAUUGCCUUCAAGCACCUUGUUCAGAGGAACCGGCAAACUGAGCAACUGAAUCAAACCCCUCCCGCCGUGAACUCCACCAUCAAGCUGCCCUUUAUCAUUGUGAACACCAGCAAGAAGACUGUUAUAGACUGCAGCAUUUCUAGUGACAAGUUCGAAUAUCUUUUCAAUUUUGACAAUGCCUUUGAAAUACAUGAUGACAUUGAGGUUCUGAAGAGGAUGGGGAUGUCAUUUGGGCUGGAAUCUGGGAAAUGCAACUCAGAAAACCUUAAACUUGCCAAAUCCUACGUGCCCAGAGCUCUGGAGGGUUAUGUGACUGACAUGGCCUCAGGGACAUCUUGGACAGACCAAGGACUUCCUUUAAGUACAUCUCAGAUGGCCUCUGCAGCGGACUCUGCCGGCACUACGACUUACUCACAGUCUAGUGUCACCCCAGGAUUGUUCUUCGACACCGACAUGUCUUUGACCAACAGCAGCCACCACUCCAGCUCUGGCACGUCCCACUAUACAGAAUCUCGAGGGGAAACCCCAUGUUCAUUCGAUGACGAUGAAGAUGAUGAAGACGAUACUUCCUCCAUGGAAUAAAAUGGCAGCGUGCACACGUCUUAAUGUAUGUGAAUGCGUGUACUGAUAGUCUAGUCUUCCAACGCAGUUUCGAUGGGAGAUCAUAUCGGGAUCAACAAAGAUUUUUUUUGUUUUGUUUUUCAAAAUGAGAACACGCUGUGGACACUAUCCCAUUUCAAGAUGGCGUCUUGCCAGCUGGAAGGUGACUACAACUGCUCCAAUAAAUGGGCUUUUAGACGCUGUGUCUGCCAGGAUUAUGCACAGGGUAUGAUAGAGGACCUGUACCUGAGUGAACGCUCCUUUACCUGCAGACUGUUGGAGCAGUCACUUCACUGCCUUUGGAUAUUAAUGCAUCUUUUUUUUUUUGUAAACUCCUAUCUUAAGCUUGAAGCCACUUCAGUAACACAGAAGACCCAGCUAAGCUCGAAGCGAUGCCUGCCAGCGGUCUGUGGGAAAGAUGCUGCUAUGUACUGAUUGCCGCAGUUAUUGAGAAAAUCAGAGGAUAUUUCUUUCUCUUCUACACAGAGGAUUUCUAGCGCCAUCCGUUGAGAAAAAGGGAACACUGUGAUGGAGAAUGCUGUUAAAUAAUUUUUUUGCCAUUACAUGUCAUGACUAUGUUCCCCCACCACCACUUUAUUUUUAUUUUUUUUAUAAUGAGUAACAUCACAGCAGACAUUUCCUCCAUGUUGUAAGAGAUGCAGUGUACGAUCUCAUUCCGCGUCCUAGGGGCCGUAUACUGUGAAUUGUCACACCAGCCCAGUACUUAUUUUUUUUAUAUAUUAUAAAGAAAUUCUAGUUGUUCCCUUUUCCUGCACAUAUUAGUGGGGGCGGUUUUCUGGUCUUCACAGUUCAGUAGUGAACAUUGGGUUAAAAAAUAUAGUUACCCCUAAUAUAAAUGGGAAAUGAGUAUAGUCUGAAUGGGUUCGACAUCCCUAAUCGAUUCCCAACAGAUGCCUGUAUCUAACCCGAUAAAGAACUCUUAAAGGGGUGUUCUAGGAGUAAAGUAUUGAUGACCUUUCCUCAGCAUAGGUCAUCAGUAUCUGAUCAUUGGGGGUCCAACUCUCAGCUCCACCACCGAUCAGCUGUUUGAAGAGGCCGUGGUCCUCUGGUGAGCACUGCAGCCUCCUCACAUCUUAGCGCUGUUCACUAUAAAGUGGCUGUGCUUGGUAUUGCAACCCAGAGAAGAUUCGACUCCUGGCACCACUGCCGGUCUGCUGUUUGAAGAGGCCGUUUGGGUCACCGGAGCUCUUCACAGCACCCAUUUACAUGAAUGGGACUGAGCUGCACCUAGGCCAUGUGACCGAUGAAUGUGAUGUCACUGGCCUAGGAAGAGGCUGCUGCACUCACCAGGCCGCCGUGGCCUCUUCAAGCAGCUGAUCAGUGGGGGUGCUGGGAGCCGGACCCCCACUGAUCAGAUAUUAAUGGCCUCUUCUGAGGAAUGGUCAUCGGUAUUCUGCACCCAGAAAACCCCUUUAAAAAGGACCAUUUAUUCUUACAGUAUUCUUCAUGAAAUAACAAUUAAAGGGGUUAUCUGGGAAUUUGAUAUUGAUGACUUAUGCUCAGAAUAGGUCAUCAUUAUCUGAUCAGUGGGGGUCCGACCCCAAGUACCCCCAACAGUCAUCUGUUCGAAGAGGCCCCAGUGCCUUUUCUCAGGCCAGUGACGUCACCAUACACUGGUGCAGCUCAGUCCCAUUCAAGUGAUAGGCGCUGUGCUUGGUAAGCUGUGAAGAGCUCCGGUGAGCGCAGCGUGCUCUUCAAACAGCUGACCGGCAGGGGUGCCUGGAAUCAGAUCCCCUCCAGUCAGAUGUUGAUGACUAGGGAUGAGCGAAUUUCAUAUUUUGAAGUUCGAGUGCGGGUUCGUGUUGUGGUAUUUAGUGAAUUGCGUUAUCGAUUCCGUUACCACGGAACG